CUUUCUCUUUUCCUGCUGUUCUAUGCGAGCGAACGGGAGAGCCGUAUUUACGUGUACCAGAUAUUCUCACUCUGAAAUAAACUGUCGCUUGUCGUACAAUUUUAACACCUUGUCUGAAUCGAUCCUUAACCGGCUCACCCUUCUAAUAUCCUUUUAUCAACACUAUUUAAACCAAACGCGUGGAUUGCACUCUGUCUGCAAACAGGCCUGCAUUUUGUAAAUUGUGUGGACUACCAUUAUAAAGCUUGACUCAGCGAAAUGACGUUGUCACGAGCAGCAAUGCACAUAUUGAGAUGCGCGAGAUGCAAGACUCGCUCUUACUGUCACAUACAGUAUUGUGCACGGGCUCGCAUGACGAUUUGCACAGAGUGGUAGCCAGGGUACCAAGCAGUGGAGGUUGAGCCACGCGUUUCAAUGCUCUUGGUUGUAACGGAAAUAUACUUUGCUGUUUACUUUCUCCAUCUACGUCAGGGAUACACCUCGCGAGAUUGGAAAGAGCAAAAUCGAAAGUAAGAGUCUGUUAGAACGUCUGAGAUCUGUUGUGUUGUAUUUUUCAACAUCAACAUAUCUUUCAGAAAUCAAUAGGGAGUAAGAAGCAAGUCGUCUGAAAUCAUAUUGCUGGGUUUGUGUGUUUGACUAAGGAUCCUCCAGUUUCAAGAACUUCAAAGCGACAACAACAUGGCGCCUCCUUAUGGAGACAUUAUGAAGGUAGAAACAAGUGGUGCUUCCUGGAGGACAGCAAACGCUGAUGGGAGAAAUGACGAAGGGGUGCUUGCAUCUCACAUAAUGGCAGAGCAUGACCGUGCUGCCAUGGACAAGUACAAGAGACUCAUAAUGAAGGUGGCAAAGAGGAAUGAAGUGGACCCAGCUGUUAUCUGUGGCAUCAUCUCAAGAGAGUCCCGGGCUGGGACAGGACUGGACAAGCACGGCAGGGGGGACAAUGGCAAGGCCUUCGGACUUAUGCAGAUUGACACUACCCCAGCCCCGAGCGGUGGCGGGCACACUCCAAAGGGGGAUUGGAACAGUGAGGAGCAUCUCCAACAAGGCACUGAAAUUCUGAUUGAGUUCAUCAAAAGAAUCCAGGAGAAAUUUAAUUCAUGGACCAAGGAGCAGCAACUGAAAGGGGGAAUAGCAGCCUACAAUAAGGGAGAUGACCGUGUAGAGUCAUAUGAGGAAGUGGACACUCAUACCACUGGAGUGGACUACUCCAAUGAUGUUGUUGCCAGAGCUCAGUGGUUCUACAACCAUGGUUAUUGUGAAACAACAAACCUUGUCAUUAAAGUAGCAGCUGUUGUAGUGGGAGCUGCAGUGGGAGGAGGUUCUGCUGUUGCCCUGGCACCAAUAGUCCUCACAGGGAUCGGGUUUGGUGCUGGCGGGAUUGCAGCUGGAUCAACAGCAGCAGGCAUGAUGUCUGCCGCGGCCAUAGCCAAUGGAGGUGGGGUAGCAGCAGGGAGUCUUGUUGCUAUUCUACAGUCAGCAGGUGCCGUAGGGCUCUCGGGAACGGUCACUGCAGUUGUUGGAAGUGCGGGAGCAGCCAUCGGAGGAGCAGUGGGAGGAGCUGUGGGAUGGCUGAAAACAAAGAUUUCUUAAAUGUUCCAUAGAGGCUUUGAAGAACACCUGUCAGUAGUGCAAUACACCCUCACACUGUUGAUACUGCAUGCUUAAAGUAUUCCCCUUGUCAACUGAAUAAAAUAAAAAAUCCAUUGUAACUCUGCUGUUAAGAAAAACAGGUUCUCUGAGGAUUGUUCCCUAAUUAUUCCCUAAUUUUGCAGUUUAAAUUAGCUCAGUGGUUCUACAGCCAUGGUUAUGGUAAAAAAACAAAAACACUUUUUAACCUUUAUGAACAUGUUGAAAAUGAUGACUACACCCAGUAAUAAUUACACAACUUCAAACAGUCUCAUCCAAGUUUCUUCCGUAGUUGAAUCUUUCAGCAACUUGUCAUUGCGCAAUAUAAUGAAACAAUUCUUAUUUUCUGGCCUUUUGGAAUGGAUGUGUUUUUAGUUGACUGUCUUGGUGGGACUUGUAGCAAUAUUGAUGUUACUCAUAUUGAUGUUAAAAAAGGAAACAGAAACCAGUUGUUACUUACUUUAUUAAUGUGCUGCUUGACAACAUGCCUAGUAAAGUUUGCUUAACUAUAUAUCUUUGUCUGUCGUGAUUACAACACAAAGCAUAUUGAAACAUGGUGACAGCGGUACUCAAAAUAACCUGGAUCUCAUCGAUGUAAAUGAAGAAUACAUCCCAGGCGGCAGUUUGAAAAGGUGCAGAGUUUACAAGCUAGUCAUCGCGCCGAACGUCAACGUUAGCUGGCUAUUGUGAGGGUGUUAAACUCUAUUAACGUAAAAUUCUGUGUGUAGAGUUAUAUUAUGAGGUUUGAACUAUACUAAUAUUGUGGAAUUACAUAAUCAACAUCUAAACAUACUUACGAUAAACAUUAAUUGAGCCACUGAGUAAUAGAUAAGAUAUACACUAGGUACGGGGCGACGGGUGUGGUCGAUGUAAGACGGGAGUGGUGUUCUAACCAAUUGCUGAGAAAUAAGGUAGAUUUAUUUUGUUCUUUUAAUUAGUUUACACAAGUUCUUCCCGGUUAUUGAUUUUGGUUUGAUUGUUCAGAUAACACCACUGAAAUUAAACAGGAGGUUAAGGUAGACUAACAUUAGAAUUUGUAUUCAUUAUGGGGAACAAUGAAAGGCCCGCAGAGGGGAUUGCAGGCUGAGGUUUUUAUGUUAAAGGGACAGUGCACAUUUAACACAGUUGUGUGUGUGUCUAAUGGCUGGGGAUUUAAGAAGUAUUUUUGGGGAGACAAUUUGGAGAAACACGAAUAAAACAUGAAACACCGAGACAAAUUAUUUGAGUUUGAGGGGAUUAUCAUAAUUAUUAGGUUUUGUUUUUGUAGUAAACGUUUGGGUUAAGGGGAUUUUCGCGUUCCCAGAGACAUGGUAUUUUACAGAUAGGGGAGAAGGCAGACGGAGGGGCCCUCCCCCGCACUGCAGAGACCUUGAAAGUUGGAGAGAAGUGAGGAGAGUUUUGGAAGGGGGGCCAGGACAGGCAAAGAUAGCAGUUGCUGAGUGGAGACAGGGGGGAGAGUUGGACAUGUAGAAAAUGUAGGGGGCGCUCCUUCAUGAUGAUGUCAGAACAUAAGGAUACUAUACUAAUCUUACCUAAGUCAUUAUUUAGAAUAGGUAAGGUUGAUACCUGGGCAAAGCCAGGUAUCAAAAGGGGGAUGGGUAAAUUGUGGUCUAGGAUAGGAUGGGGACUAUUGGAUAAGAAACUAAUAAUUUAAAAGAAAUGUAAGCUAACAUUUGGGCAUAGAAGUUAAAGAUAUAAUCAGAUAAAACAUAUGAGAAAUUGUUUGUUAACCAAGCCUGUAUGUCCAGGAUUUUAUGCAUUACAGGUGAACUACAGGUGAAGUCACUCAAUCCAGUCCCAGAGGCUUGGGGACCAUAGAAGACCCCUGGUGACAGCUAGCUGAAAGAGCUACCCAGAUUCAUAUCGCACGGCGGAAGGGUAAGACACUUUUUCACUGUCGGACAAUAAACAGAGUUCGGAAGAAGAACUGGAAUUAACAGAAUUCCGGGGGCUAACUCUCGAAUGAAGUAAACCCUACCUGUCCUAUCACCCCUGUUUUUGUUCAUAGAAGUGAGGAUGUGUCUGGCUCUGGCUAAGUGAUGUGUAUUUUGUUCCAAAAUAAGCAUAAGAGAUCCCUAGAUCUGGGUAUUUGUAAAUCGCUCUGGAUAAGAGCGUCUAUUAAAUGACUUAAAUGUAAAUGUAAAUGUAGACAAGAAGUUAGAGUAGAGAUUACAUGAUAACCGACUUCGGGGGGGGGGAUCCCACAAGGGUGGAUAGGUUUUCCAUGAUAUGGGGAAACCUGGGAGCAAUGUUGAACUUUGUAAAGGUGAUGAAAUCCUACUAACCAUAAAAAAUAUUAAGCUCUCUGAUGCAGGCACUCACACCCUCUGACUACAAAGGAUGAGGACAGACAUGAUGGGUGUGUUUUCUAUUAAGGUACUGCCAAGACCAGAGGUAACUGGACACACUCCUCUACCACCACUGUGUUAAAAAUACCAUUCAGGUAAUUAAUGUUAGAGACUAUUCGACUAUUGAUCAAUUAGGAACUGGGACUGGUUUUGAUUAUGGGAGAUUGCCUGAAGCUGAUUGCAGUAGUAACAUAACCAUUAAUUCCACUUGGCCAGUUACAGGCCUAAACCAAACUAGUGGUCUGGCUGAUGUGAGGUGGAUGUGUGGAGC